AUGGUAAGCGACCCUCCCGACAGCACAUCUUUCCAAGCAGAUAGCCUCAAAGAAGGUAAUCGGUAUCUCAAAAGAGGUCAAAAGGUCUUCCCAUGCCCUGAUCCCGUGGACAUCUCUACCCUCCCUCCUGGAAACGAAGUCAUCACCACCCUCUCCAACCGAGACGGCAAGCUGGUAGUCAGCCAUGACUCGUCCUACGUGACCAAGCUCGGUUACAGAGUGCGACGUGCCGAGUCUGAAGCGAUGAACACAGUGGCUGCACAGAAGCGUACCACUGUUCCUCUACCUUGGGUCAAAUCUACGAAUUUCAGUCCGUCUGAGCACUAUGCUUCUGAGGAAUACGGAAGCAUCAGAAUGUCUUUUAUCCGAGGUUCUACUCUGGAAUCGAAAUGGGAUACGCUGGAUCAGGAGAGCAAGGAGGCUGUUUGUCGCGAGAUUUGGGACAUUGUCUGGAGGCUUCGGAAUAUUGAACGCACGGAUUUGGUUGGUAAUAUCUAUCAGUGUGCUGCUGAUGGCACCCCCUCGAAGGGCAUACUUGAGGAUGUUCAGAAACCAGCUCGACCGUUGAUGAGUGAUGAGGAGGUGCGAGCUCGCCUGUAUGAGCGCUAUCUUCACGCCGGAGGUCAGGUCCUGAGAGAUUUAUUGCCUGAAUUACUGCCACGAUCCGAUCGCUCUGUGUUUACUCAUGGUGAUAUUGCGCCCUGGAAUGUCAUGAUUGAUGACCAGAACAAGAUCACGGGCAUCCUCGGUUGGAAAUUUGCAGGUUGGUAUCCUGACUAUUGGGAGUACGCGCAGAUCAUGAACGUUCCGUUCUCAGACUGGUCGGGGUGGAUGGAACGGACUGCGGCUCAUCGAUGGGAUAUCGACGGCAUUGAUGCUGUCAAGGAGAUCGUGUCCAAGACUUGA